AUGGCGAGCCAAAAGAUUGCUAUCUUGUCUGCGUACGACAAGACAGGUCUUCUUGAUCUCGCCAAGGGUCUCAUCAAGCAAGAUGUGCGCCUACUGGCUUCCGGCGGCACUGCCAAGCUGAUCAGGGAAGCCGGAUUCAAGGUCGAGGAUGUAUCUGCCAUCACACACGCUCCGGAAAUGCUCUCGGGCAGAGUCAAGACGCUCCAUCCUGCUGUUCACGCUGGUAUCUUGGCGCGCAACUUGGAGUCAGACGAGAAAGAUCUUGCCGACCAAAACAUCAACAAGGUCGAUUAUGUUGUCUGCAAUCUCUAUCCUUUCAAGGACACUGUUGCUAAGAUCAACGUCACCGUUCCGGAAGCUGUCGAGGAGAUUGACAUCGGUGGCGUGACUCUGAUCAGAGCAGCUGCCAAGAAUCACGCCAGAGUCACAAUUUUGAGCGAUCCCAAUGACUACUCGACUUUUCUGCAGGAUCUCGAGAAGGGCGAGAUCACCGAACAGCAGAAGCAGUUGUAUGCCCUCAAGGCUUUCGAACACACCGCCGACUACGAUGCUGCUAUCUCCGACUUCUUCCGAAAGCAGUACGCGGGCAAUGGCUUGCAACACAUGUCUCUACGUUACGGGGCCAAUCCUCACCAGAAGCCUGCUGCAGCGUACAUGAAGGACUCUGAACUUCCAUAUACGGUCCUAGGCGGUUCGCCAGGCUAUAUCAACCUCCUUGAUUGCCUGAAUGCCUGGCCACUGGUUAAAGAGCUCAAAGAAGCCCUUGGCCUUCCCGCCGCAGCUUCUUUCAAGCAUGUUUCUCCUGCCGGAGCUGCCAUUGCGGUUCCACUUGACGAGACAGAGCGCAAGGUCUUCAUGGUCGACGAUAUUGCUGGCAUCUCAGAUUCGCCUCUCGCUCAAGCCUAUGCUCGUGCUCGUGGCGCCGACCGAAUGUCAAGCUUUGGCGAUGUUAUCGCCCUCUCUGACAAGGUCGACGUGCCUACCGCCAAAAUCAUCUCCCGUGAGGUGUCUGAUGGUGUCAUCGCCCCUGACUACGAUUCCGAGGCUCUCGAAAUUCUCAAGAAGAAGAAAGGCGGCAAGUAUCUGGUUCUGAAGAUGGAUGAAACAUAUAUUCCGGCAUCACAGGAAACGCGCUCCGUCUAUGGCGUUCAAUUGACUCAACGUCGAAACGAUGUCAGAAUUUCGCCCAAGGAUACUUUCGGUUCCGUCGUGGUGCCCAAGGAUACUAAACAGCUCUCACCGGAGGCACUCAGGGAUUUGACGGUUGCCACCAUCGCCGUCAAGUAUACUCAGUCCAACUCGGUAUGCUACGCAGUCAAUGGCCAGACGAUCGGCAUUGGUGCAGGUCAGCAAAGCCGUAUUCACUGUACACGGCUGGCCGGAGAUAAGGCAGAUAACUGGUACAUGCGUUUCAAUCCACGAGUUUUGGAUAUCAAGUGGAAGAAGGGAGUCAAGCGCCCAGAAAAGUCCAAUGCCAUCGACAUGCUCUGCUCCGGUCAAGUUCCACCACCAUCGGAAUUCGAGAAGGAGGAUUAUGAGCGCAAUUUCGACGAAGUGCCAGGGCCGUUCUCUCUCACUGAUCGUCAGAAGUGGCUCGAGGGACUGAAAGGUGUUGCGGUUAGCAGCGAUGCCUUCUUUCCCUUCGUGGACAACGUCUACCGAGCUGCCAGGUCAGGGGUCAGCUACAUUGCUGCCCCAACCGGAAGCCAGAACGACAACGCGGUGUUUGAAACUGCGGAAAAGCUCGGUAUAACAUUCGUUGAGCAGAGCACGCGGCUGUUCCAUCAUUGA